UUAAGAGACCAUGGUACAUGAGUGGUGGCAGCGUGAGGCCUGUAUCACGAAGGAUUUCUAGGAAAAAACGCAGACUGACUAGAUUAUUCCCAUCGCAAGAUUCUUCCGAUCGCAUAACUAAUCAGUUAAUGCACGUUCCUGAUACUUAUGAUCCUGAUGGUGAAGAUUUGAAGACUAUUUUACUCUAUAAUGGAGCUGGAGCUUGGAAUGUUCAACUUGGGCGGGAGCAGUUUCUUCAAGCUCGCUGUCCAGUUGAUAGAUGCCGGUUGAGUGUUAAUAGGGAUAAGGCGCAACAAGCCGAUGCCAUUCUGUACAAGGAUCAUUUUACGCAUCCAGGAUUUCGGAGAUCCCCGGAACAGAUUUGGAUAAUGUAUUUUCUGGAGUGUCCUUAUCACACACAACAUAUCAAUUUUCCGGACGUUUUCAAUUGGACAGCAACCUAUCGUUAUGACAGUGACAUUGUGGCCCCUUAUGAACAUUGGGAAUAUUAUGACCCUAGGGUCAAACAGGUUAAACAUAUGGAACGAAACUAUGCAGCCAUUAAAACCAAGGCUGUAGCUUGGUUUGUUUCCAAUUGCGGAGCAAGAAAUGGAAGAUUGCAAUAUGCACAUGAACUGCAAAAGUAUAUACAGGUGGACAUCUAUGGAGCCUGUGGUACUAUGAAAUGUUCCAGAGCAAAUGCCGAAAGAUGCUUUGAGUUGCUCGAUAGAGAUUACAAAUUCUAUUUAGCUUUCGAAAAUUCAAACUGUAAAGAUUAUAUUACUGAAAAAUUUUUUGUGAAUGGACUGGGUCGUGAUAUUUUACCGAUUGUGAUGGGGGCUCGUCCGGAGGAUUAUGAAAGGGCCGCGCCUAUGCACUCUUAUAUUCAUGUCGAUGAUUUCGAAGGACCCCGUCAGUUAGCGGAGUACCUUCAUCGACUCGAUAGAGAUGAUGCUAUGUAUAAUGAAUAUUUCAGGUGGAAAGGUACCGGUGAAUUAAUAAAUACAUAUUUCUGGUGCCGAAUGUGCGCAAUGCUGCACGCCGAACCACGCCAAUACAAAAGUUAUAGUGACAUCAACGACUGGUGGCGAGGAAGAGGAAUUUGCACUCUGAACUCUUGGAGAAACAGGGAUCAUCAUGCACAUUCUAAUAAGGCUCGUUCAAAUUCACUUCAGAAUUAA